UUUAAAUGGAGUUUCAUUCAACCUUCGCUUGUGCGCUCUCAAGACGCCUAAGGACUUUUCAAAUGGCACCAUCUUAGCGCAAAAAGACUCACAUCAAUUAAUGAAUUAUAUUGCUUCAAAUUUGACUGAGGCCAUUUGCCGGCAAGACUGUGGCAUCAUUUCCUCACUGGACAAAUGCUCUUCGUGUACCGGUUAUCUGUUCAACUACACUUGCCUAGAGCGAGUUGAAUGUCUACAUCAGAUUCAUAAUUGCGACUCCAAUGCGACGUGUACCAACACGGUUAGGUCCUACAACUGCACGUGUAACUCUGGGUUUUACGGUGACGGCAUAUCCUGCAAAGAUAUCGACGAAUGUGCGGUUGACCCGUCACAGUCUCCGUGCGCUCUCCAGAACGCUGUGUGCACAAACAACGCAGGCAGUUAUACAUGCCCGUGUAAACCUGGUUUCCAGGGACACAACUGCAACGAUAUUAAUGAAUGUGAUGCUAACCCUUGUCCUAGCCGGGCUGGGUGUGAGAACACAGUUGGAAGUUUCAAAUGUUCCUGUCUGCCCGGUUACAGUGGUAGUGUCACUGGCAUGAACUGUACAGAUAUCAACGAAUGUGAGGUGGACCCGUCACAGUCUCCGUGCGCUCUCCAGAACGCUAAGUGCACAAACACCGCAGGCAGCUAUACAUGCCCGUGUAAAGCUGGUUUCCGGGGACCCAACUGCAACUAUAUUAUGGUCCACACCCCAAACCUGGCCAGCAUUUCCUUGGCGUAUUCAGUACAGAAACUCGAAGUGGAUGUUGAGUAUUACGACUCCUGUUCAGAUCGGUGGUUGGCAACAGACGAGUUUACGGCGGAGAUCAUGGACCUUCCAUUCCAGGUUGUCAUGCCAGAUUGGCACGUGGGAAAGUACUUCCGAUCACGGCUGAACAUGUACUCGCCAGUACGCCAAACGAUUUCAAUUGCCUACACAGGAGUGCCUCCUCUAGGUUAUCCCACCUUCGACUUUCCCAGCUUCCCAUACCUACUUUCCGCCACGGCAGUGGACAAUACGACAUUAGCGGAGGUUACCCUGUCUCUACCAACCCUGCAAGGGUCUCAAAAUCUCACCGUUGAAUUCGGAGACGCAGAGAGCAUUUAUAUGGCAGCCAACACGUCCACCAGUUCUAUAUCGAGAAGGGUCAACGUCGACGUCAGUCGCGAAUACCAGGUCCGCGUUUACAACCAUGCCGCUCAGGAUAAAGCUGCAUCUGCAUCCAUGGUAGUGUACAUUAAUAUUGCAGGCGCAUGCAGGUACAUGGGACAGUUCUAUCGGAGCGGCGAGCAGUACCCGAACUCCUGUGGACCCGGCAACUGCACGUGUACCAAUGGAGUGAACGAUUGUCCAGGGCCUGCAGUAUGCCCAUCUCCGUCAAGUUCUGAUCCCAGCAAACGUUGCUGUCCUACAGACUCGCCUGUGUGGAAGACAGAUAUCGAUGAGUGUCGCAACUCUAAAAUUAAUGAUUGUUCCUCGUCUGCUACGUGCAGUAACAGUUACGGAUCAUACAUGUGCACGUGCAGCACGGGUUUCUGGGGAAACGGUACAGCGUGUGCAGAAUGCGAAGUCGACCCGUUGUCGAAUCUUGAACAAAGCCAAAAGUGGAUAUCUCCAACUUGCAAAGCUGGCUUUCAGCAUAUCAAAACCCCUGGGAAACCUAGUUGCCCGAUAUCGUCGAAAACUGGUCUUUGGGAGAACGUUGGAGUGUGCAAAGGAAUCGAUGAAUGCAGCACUGGAACUCAUGACUGUCACUCAUUGGCUGUCUGCACAGACACAUUUGGAUCGUUCACAUGUAGUUGCAUUGCAGGUUUCUCUCUUGAAGGAAAGAAGUGCAAUGAGAUCGACGAAUGCCGCAGUGGCACUCAUGAUUGUCACGCUUUAGCAACCUGCACCAACACUGUGGGUUCAUUCACGUGUGUUUGCAAUAAGGGGUAUUCAGGUACUGGUCAACUAUGCAAAGAUGCGGACGAGUGCAGCUUGGGAACUCAUGACUGUCCGGCUACUGCCAUCUGCUCAAACGUGGUGGGAUCGUUCACGUGUGCUUGUGAUCUGGGCCUGCACGAGAACGGGAACACAUGUAAUGAGGCCACUAAGUGUGCCAGUAGCUGCAUUGAAAUCAGUGCACUGCCAAUAGCUUAUGCCAAUCCCGCUAGUGCGCAUGCGAUAUGCCAAGGGAGAAAGACUGCAUAUCACCAAAGUGCCAAGUUGGUUUCCAUGGGCAGGAGACCGUGCGCUCUCGACCAUUUCAAGGCGAUCGGCAUGGACUCAGACAAGGUGUUCUGGACAGCAGAUGUGGCCCAAAGCUUAACCGGCCCACCUAAAUUUCUUUCGAGUACAUCAAACUGGGUUGACCAGAGUGAGGAGCAUCUCGUAGUCUGCGAGUACGAGACCACUAAAUGCAAGCGCACACCAUGCAGACAGACCUGUUCAGACAUUAGCGUAUUUCCGCUGCAGAAGACUCCUUUCUAUUUAGCGGAGAGCGUGUGUCAGAAGAAUCUAAGAAGCUUCGGUCAUGCCGGGUCUGAGUACGUGUUUGCUCAGGUCGCCAGUCUCGAGAGCGAGCGUAACUUUGGAUGCGUGUCCCGUCACCUUCAAGAGACCAGAAUGAGCGGCACUCUUGUGUUUGGUGGAUAUGGAACGGCGCCUAAUGGCACACUCCUAGCGUCUAAUGGAUUGGCUUUGCAUUUCGAGCAAGAAGCCUAUGUUGUGUGCGAGUACCAGAAAGAGUGCAGUUUGGUCAAAUACGAAUACUGCAAAGGUCACGUUUACCGCAGAUCCCGUGACUAUCAGAUCUAUAACUACCCGGAUGCUGUGAAGAUGUGCGGCAACGCGGGCGCCACCCUUCUUAGCCUUAUUUCAUACUCCGGUCAUUCAUGCGCAUCAACUUUAGUCGAUCACAACAUCAUCGCUUGGCGCGGUACCGCAACUCUUAAUGCAGCCAUAGACACCAGCUACAAACUAGUCUCCGAUGUGACGUCAUCCAAGCGCUCCGUCGUAUGCCAAUUCCCGUGCCAGCGCAUGCCCGGGGAUCGCAUUCAGAACAUAACAGCUAGCGGCAAUGUCACAUGUGAAGCCGGGUUUGAGUACAAUCAUCCCCUACCAGUGUGCCAGGGAACGAAUCGGGUUCAAGCGUGCACUCCCCGUUUUGUCGAAUACCAGUACUGUGCCAACGCCAGCGCCAACUCCAGCGCAGUGCUCCGGCGAACACCAGACUUCGUAUACUGGAAUCACUCCGAGGCCGUCCAGCGGUGCCAUGAAGUGAAUGCCCAACUCCUUGGCACAGUUGCUUACGACAGCAAAUGCGCUAUGCAAAUAGCUGUCCAGGGCAUCACUGCCUGGGUCGGCUCCUCUUCCGAUACAAAUGGAAAUCCUCGCAUCCCAAGCGAGCAGCUUUAUGCCAUAUGCGAAUUCGCAUGCCAGCGCAAAGCUGACGACCACAUUCUCAGCAUAUCAGAUCGCGGAUAUGUCAUCUGUGAAACGGGAUAUAUGUACAAUCAUCCUCAGCCAGUGUGCCAGGGAACCAGCCAGGUUCAAGCAUGUGCCUUUGGUUGGACGGGCUACCAGUACUGCGCCAAGGCCGACGCUGUCUUCCGAAGAACACCGGACUACUGGAUUAAAGACCACAACACCAGUUUAGAUCGCUGUGCUGCAUCAAACAGCGUCAUUCUUAGCCGGAGUGCAUUUGAUAAUGGCUGCGUGUCGAAUGUAGUCAGCUUCGACAUCAGAGCCUGGGUGGGCAGUCAAGCCGCUAGUAAUGGUUUGUUUCCUGACACACUAGGGGAAGAUCAUGACGGUUCAAGUGAACGCUACAUCGUUUGCGAAUUCAACUGCAAGCGCAAAGCCGGUGAUCACAUAACCAGCAUAUCAGAUGAUGGACAUGUCACAUGUGAACCAGGGUCUGUGUACAAUCAUCCUCAGCCAGUCUGCCAGGGAACUACAGGGGUUCAAGCAUGUACCUUUGAAUUCGUCAAGUACCACUACUGCGCUAAGACAGGUGUGGUGCUCAGGCGAACACGUGAUCACAAGAUCUACAGCCAUCCGAAGAGCGUGGCUCUGUGUACCAACGCAGCCACCAGCAUUCUCAGCCAGAAGGCGUUUGCCAGCGGAUGCACAGCGGGCAUAGUAAGCCAGGACAUCCUAGCCUGGGUGGGUGGCAGCGCGGUCAGCGGUUAUCUGUCCGACACCCGGGAACUUGUGAUCAGCGUCAACGACACGGCUGUGAAGCGCUACGCCGUGUGCGAAUUCAACUGCACACGCAAAGCCGGUGAUCACAUUAUCCGCGUAUCCGCUGACGGAACUGUCCAAUGUGAAGCUGGGUUUGAGUACAAUCAUCCUCAGCCAGUGUGUCAGGGAACAAGCCAGGUUCAACCGUGUACUCGCAUCUGCAAUCGCAGCGGUGGUGAUGAUCGCAUUGCCAACAUAUCCGCUGACUGGCGUGUCACGUGUGUGGCCGGGUAUGAGUACACCCAUCCUCAACCAGUGUGCCACGGAACGGGCUUGGUCGGGGUGUGCACCCGCAUCUGCACACACACGACUGAUGAUCACAUUCAUAACAUUACGGUUGACGGAAACGUCACCUGCCAACCGGGCUAUGAGUACAAACAUCCUCAGCCAGCAUGCCAGAUAACGACUCGGGCCCUAUCGUGCACUCCCCGUUUGGUCCAAUAUCAAUACUGUGCGAAGACUAAUGCGGUUGUCCGACGAACAUUUGACAACCAGUACUUGAACCACCCGAAUGCCGUGACGCUUUGCCACAACGCAAAUGCCAGUAUCCUUAGCACUAGUGCUUUCGAUGCGGGGUGUGCAUCAAAUGUAACUGGCCAAUGGUACAUUGGCUGGGUCGACAAACAGACCACUACUGGUUCCGUAUCUGAUACCAAUGGAAAUAGGCGUACCCCAUCCGAUGAAAUUUAUGCCAUGUGCGAAAUCACCUGCAAGCGCAUGGCGCAGGAUCACAUUCUCAGCAUAUCAGCUAUGGGACAUGUCACUUGUGAACAAGGUUAUCAGUACCUUCAUCCUCAACCAGUGUGCAAUGGAACGAAUCAGGUUCAAGCGUGUACUCCACACGGAUUGUAAGAAUAUUAAAUGAAUUCUUUCCGUGACCAAGGUAUGACGGCACUCCAGUAAUACGCUUACGGCAAGACUUGUCCGAGGAUACUUGCCACAUGAGAGUGUGUAUGUGUCUGUGUGUAUGUCUGUGUGUGUGUUUUUUUUUUGUGUACGCACGUGCGCGCGCACAUGCACGCUAGUCAUCACUUACAAGGCCGGUGCAAACUCGCACUGACUUGACGAUCUGCCGAUGGUGUUUCACUGUUUUGCCCCAUUCUCAUUUCCGUUUGCUAUUUACAAUAAAAAUAGAAAUAUUCUAACUUUAUUUCCCCCUCCCCCCACCGCCGCCUUCAGCAUACUGCAGGAUUGUAAUAGUGGCGUAACCAUGAUGAUUCUGCAUUUUGUCUUUCAUAACUCCCGCUAGAGUUCGAAGGUGAGGCCUUCAGAAAACUCAUGGAAUAGUGUUACUUCCCGCCCGUGGAUUAUGCAUGCAUAUUUUUGCUUUUCCAGCCGCCAUACUUGAGUUAUUUACAAUGUUUUCCCAGCCGCAGUUUGGUAUUUUUGCGGAUCAGAAGUAAACAAUUUGUAUUGUGUUGCAAAAUAAGUGCAACGUUCCGUCCUGUUUUACGUUCCGUCCUGUUUUACGUUCCGUCCUGUUUUACGUUCCGUCCUGUUUUACGUUCCGUCCUGUUUUACGUUCCGUCCUGUUUUACGUUCCGUCCUGUUUUACGUUCCGUCCUGUUUUACGUCAUUUUAAAGUAGCAAUGACAGGCUAGUGUACACACUCUAUUCGUUGCCUAAAGCUACCCUCUCCUUUGCACCAGAUCGAUCGUAACUUCCUGUGCUAAACUCCUGUUGCCCCGGUGAUAUCACCUGUGACAUA